GCUAAUAGUUGUGGGAUAAGCAUGAAGAAGAGGCAAAAAACAGGUAAUAAGCUUUCUGGGUAAAUAUUAUAUUAUCAUAAUAAUAAAAUGAACAAUUCAAGAUUUUAAAUUAGUCAAGUGAAUUUGAAUUUGCCCGGGAUAAAUCAACAUUGUAUAUAAAGAUAUUGCUCACUAUCUAUAAUGAUGUUUAAGCUGUUUUAGGCUUUAGUUUGAGCAACAAAUCAUGAUGACCAUUUAAAAUCUUGUUUCCAUUUUUUGUGUAAUUUUUGUAAAAUGGAUGGCUUUAUUUGAAUUUUGAACACGGAUUAUAUUGGUUUGGUCAUUUAUCAGACUCUCAAUCUACCAAGGAAUCAGUUUCAUAAGCAUGAUUGUUGGAUGAAUGAGUAUUUUAAGGCUUAAUGAAGGUUUGAUCCUUAUUCACGAGAACUCACUAAGGCGAGCACCAGAUAGAGCUGAUUGAAAGUUACUGAUAAAGCAUAGAUAAUUACCUAGAGACUCUUAUUGUUGAUUAUGGUUGAAUAUUAAGGCUGGUUUCUGGUUCAUUAAAAACCAAAUACACAUUGAAAAUAGUUGUGAAACAUACAAAAGUUAACCAGAUGAGGAGAAAAAUAACGAAAAACUUGACGUAAUAUUUGUCGCUGCUUUUACCAUUAAGAUUACUGAUGAAACAACUAAUUGGUUCCUUGGGAAUCAUACAAAUUUUGCUAUUCAUCUGAAUCUUCCCUGUGAAUAACCGUUUUCAUUUGACAUCUUUUUCAACACUAUCUUUUAUCCAUCAUAAUCUUCCUACAGAUCAUUAACCUUGCCCCUGUUGCUGUUAUUUCCUUGUUGAUAUUUCACUGAUAUUUAUGCCAAGAUUUAAUUUUGUUUCCUCCGUGCUUAUACACUUUGUAAAUUAGUUGUUGGAAUCAGUUUAUUUGUGCCAAACACCAUCUCACCGAUUUUACCAUCAGUUGUAAGAGUCAUCAAAGUUGAACAUAAACAAUGGACCAGGAAAAUAAUUUGGAUAACAGCUCAUUACCAUCUUCAUCAUCUGCAGUUUCAUCUCCAUCAUCACCAUCUUCAUUAAAUUCAAAUGAGCUUGUUCGUGAUCGAAGCUCAAGUGAAUCCUCAAUUGGCUCAAAUGAUUCAAUCUUACUUGGUUUACCCGUUAAAUUUGCAAAUACACCAAGAUCAAGGGCUGUUCGAACCUCUAUUGACUUAUCUUCAAUGAACCUGGACGCUGAGACAAUUAAUCAAAAUCUUGAUCAUUUUAUAAGCCCUGGUUUUGCUAAUGACAAUAUUGGGAACGAUGUUGACGCAGAAAUUGACUUUAAUGGUGAAAACAGUCUCGCUUGUUCUGUUAACGAUAAUGAUUGUAAUAAUCAUUGUCUUGAUGAACCAACCAAACGAUCUAUUACAAGUCUUAAUUUGAGCAACAAUCGACUAACCUAUUUACCCUCAAGCCUAUCCUCUUUUGUAAGCCUUACAACUCUAGAUAUCAGUGAAAAUGGACUGGACUCCCUUAAGCCAAUGGUUUACUUACCUUGCCUAACGGUUCUGAUUGCCUGUAACAAUAAACUGACCGAGAUUUCAUUGUCCAAAGCUGAUCCAAGUAAAUACAUGCCCAACAUCAAAGUGUUAAGUCUUUCGGGUAAUCAAUUUCGAAGCAUACCUGAAACCAUUUUAGACUGUGUUCAACUACGUUCCCUCUACCUUGGAGCAAAUUUAAUUGAAAGCAUACCAAAAGCAAUUGCCAAACUAACCAAACUUCGAUACCUUUACCUUGGAGGUAAUCAGUUGACCACAAUACCAGAAGAGGUUGGCCUACUCAGUAAACUUGAAGCAUUAUCUCUCUGUGAGAACAAAAUUUCAUCUCUUCCUUCAUCCAUUGCUCAACUGUCCAACCUGCGAUCAUUAGCACUUCACAUGAACCUAUUGACAACUUUACCCACCGAGAUUAUUAGGUUAGAAAGCUUGACUGAGUUGAGCCUUCGUAAUAAUCCUCUGGUGGUUAGAUUCAUCAAUGACUAUCUUUACAAUCCACCAAGUUUACUUGAAUUGGCUGGUCGAUGUAUUAAAAUUAACCGAAUCAAUUAUCCAGCUUACAUGAUUCCUCAACCUCUUCAUCGUUACCUUCAAACAGCUCAACAUUGUGUUAACCCUCAAUGUCAAGGUGUUUACUUUGAUUCUCGCAUUGAACAAAUUAAAUUUGUGGACUUUUGUGGUUCCUAUCGUUUACCUUUACUUCAAUACUUGUGUUCCCCUAAAUGCAGCAAAUCAAAUUCCCAGAGUGACAAUUGUUCAAAUUUUGAAAUGGCUGUUCCAGAAAAUAAAAUGAAACGCGUCUUAUUGGGCUGAUUGAAGAAAGCGAUCAAACGCAGCUUUAAUCAAGAUUUAUCUCAAACAACUUGUCAAAAUAUAUAAAAUUUGGAACAAUGAAUUAUGGAAACUCAAGUGGUUCAAUAUACACUUGAAACUAAUCUUCUUUACAAGCAAAGUGAACUUCAAUGUUGUUGUUGUUUUUUUAAUAUCAAUUUCAAUAUCACAACAAUGUUGCCCUUUUUGUAAACUUAAAGUUUUACAUUGACCAUCAUUUUCAUCUUUUCAUUUAGAUAUUGUUAUACCUUGAAACAUCACUCAAUCCAUAAUAUUAUGCAAAGAUAGUAAGGUGAAAAUGAAUAAGAUGAAGAAGGAGGCAAAAACAGAGAACUUGAAAAUUGUAAAAUAGUGAAAUAGCUUUUCAAGUUUCAUCCUUUUGCUGAAGAUCAAGUCUAUUGAUGAUACAGAAAAAAAAGGUGAAAAAUGAUCUGUAAAAUAGCAAACUUUGGUUCGCUUUUUUUGCAGCUUUUCAAUUGAAAUUACAUUUUGCCUUUUCUUUUUCCUCUUUAUACAUAUAUUACACAUUCAUCCAUCUUGCUUUCAUAGUCUUUCCUGAAUAACUUAAAAAACACUUUUUCAAUGUUGUAAAGAAGACUGAAAGAUGAGGAAAGAAACAGUUUAGCUAAACGUUUCGGAAAAGCAUGAUGGAAAUGAUGAGAAUGAUGAUGAUUGAAUCAAUAAAGUCAAUGGAGUUGCCUUUAUCCACAGUCAACUUCAUAUUGUUUAUCAUCUUCUUGCAUCUUCCCAAGCUUCUUGUUGUGCUUCCUUCUUGACUUAAUAAAUUGCUGUCAAAUUGUAAAAGGUUGUGAAGGGUUAAUGGUUUGUGCAAUGAGAAGGACAGUUAAAUGUACAAUCUAAUGUUAAACUAUUAAGCCAUCAAAGGGAAUCAAAGUGAAAUACUGAAUUGUGAUUAUGGUGAUUAUGAUGAGGAUAAAGGAUGAAAACAGCUUUCAAAUUCAAAGUUAAAUUACAACCAACACAAGAUACAAGUAAAGAUUCAAGUGAAAGGAUUUAAAGGCAAGGAUUCAAGUCCAAGAAAUUGAAAUCAUUUGACCAUGGAUGAUUAACGAAUCAGAAAGAAACAAUCAAAGAUGGUGAUGAUGUCGAUAAUCAAGACCAUGACGUUGAUAAUGAAAAUGGGUCCCAAAAAAAGGACAAUUACAAUGGACAAGCAAAAUGGACAGCCAGACAAGAGCACAAUUUAUCCAAUCUUUUUCAAUUUUUACUAAUGUUUGCUAAUAUCGCUAGACAGGCUUGAAAACUCUGUAAAUUGCUCAAUGGCACAAUUGGUACUCAUUUAUUUUACAUGAGGCAACCUUCAAUCCUUGUUCCUCGUCAUGAUUGUAAUCAUUUAUAUUGUUGGUGGUUUUGUUUUACUCCACUUGUUCCUGUUUCUUGUAUAUUUAAUAUUCAAUCUCGUAAUUUUGAGAUACACAGAAACUGGAAAGAUAAAGAUAGCUGUUCGAUCACGAUCAUCUUCAUCAUCAAACAGGAAUCAUUUUGUUUCUCUUGCAUUAUCUCACCUCUCACGCUUGAUCAUAAUUAUCAUUAUAACUAUCACUAUUAUUAUUUUUUGAGUUAGGUUUUGAUUAUCAAUCAUUAAAGGUAGUAACAAAAAUA